GUCGAAUCUCAAUGUGGGGCGGCUAGAGAUGUGAUCACGACCACCGUCAUUCAUCACCGCCCACGCUGCUCUGUGAUCGUCGCUGGACGUUGCUGAACCGCUCCGGAUCUAUAUAAGCAUACAGCAGCAGCACACGUAUACAAACUCAAACGCCCGUGCGGUAAGACUGCGCACGGCAAAGUGUUGGUCUGUGCAAAGCUUGUCUCGCGCCUGCACACAGACUGCGAGGUACGUUCCAAACACGCGGGCGCGUAGAGCAUUGCGCAACGCUCACUUGCUGGAGUCGCUGAACGCUCGCUCGUUCGACACCAGCAGGCGUGUGCAUGCAUGCAUACAUCCAUCGUGGUAAUGAGCUCCUCUACAGCAGCCAGCAGCAGACAUUGCAAGAGAGCAGACGUGUCAGAGAGCGGCGGUGGCAGCAGUAGCGGCAGCAGCAGCAGCACCUACCACACCGACAGCACCAGCAGGCCUUCGUCAAGACUUCAAGCGUCCCCGCGAGGAGCUCGCGCAGCCCCAGAAGAUCGUCCUUUGCACUGCGGUGGAGGUUUGGACUACCAUUCUUCACCCGACACUCCCAAGGCCUCCGCUUCCUCUCGCUCCCAGGAUCAAGGCAGUCCCUUACCGCUCCGGCGAACUUUGCGCUCUCAGACCUUCAAGGACGGCUCAAAGUCAUCAACAGAGUCCACCGCUGCUCCCCCACCUACACCCAGACGCGGCUUCAAGCCGACAGCUCGCAUCCGCUCCGCAUCCAAAUUUGCAGCAGUUGCGCCUUCUUCCCCAGCUAGCAUUCCCGCCUCUGUCUCACCUUCGAGAGCUCACAGCUCUUCGACGGAUCGCGAGAUGACGGAUGGUCCAGCUGGAGGAGUGCGCCCUCCCUCGCGCACGAGCUCUCGACCGCUUUCCACAAAUUACUCCAUUGGCAACUCCAAUGCAUCCGAAACGCCUUCCAUAUCCAGGGCUAAGCAUGCCUCGCUGUCUGCGAGCACGUACGGCACCAGCAACAGCGCUGUGCUGGAAGCUAGACGAGCAAUUCGUCGAGCAGCAGCACCUCCUCUUUCCACUCCAGCAAGCAGCGCGCGAUCCAACACCCCUACGCUGCGCACCAUCACUACUCCACGCGCUUCCGCUAUGCUGGUGCCGAGUCAGCGUGGAACAAGUCGACCUUCGAGUGCCAAUGGCACACCUACAAACGAGUCGACACCUCAAUUCAGGCCGGCAUCUCCCAACAAGUUCAAGGCCAAAAUUACUGAUGGAUUGUCCUCUCGAAGGGGUAUGACGACACCCAGACACAAUGCUACAAAUCUCGGAUUGGGCAUCAGUCAGAGAUACGUCCCCGCGACCCCUAGCGCUGCUGGUGUGGACACGUCGCGCAAAGGUCGAAGGAGCGCUGCUAUCGUCACCGUCCCUGCUGUGGGGGAGUUGGAUGAUGACAUCGGCGACAGCAGCUUCUACUAUGAAGACGAAGUCGAGGAGGCAGACGAUGACAAUGCAAGCGUAAAGGAGAGCGUCAUGGUGCAUGUGCGCUUGCGUCCUCCUCGCGCGUCUGAAAAGUGCGCGUGGGUGCCCAUGCCCUUCACCUCGACGAUGAGCCUUGCACCCGACUUGGCAGCUGCUAGAGUACAGCCAGGUGCCGAAAAGCCCUUCUACUUUGACGGUGUGCACACUGGCUCUUCCAACAGACCCGUGUACGUCUCUGUGGCGAGGCCUCUGGUUCGUGCAGCGCUGGGAGGGUACGAUGCGGUAAUCUUUGCCUAUGGUCAAACAGCCAGCGGCAAGACGUUUACGCUGAGCGGCGACGAUGCGGGUACGGAGCCAGGCAUCAUUCCCAGGGCGGUGCGCGACGUGUUUAGGGGGAUCAGUCAGAGCGAACGUACGCGGGAAUGGCUCUUGAGAGCCAGCUAUUUGGAAAUUCACAAUGAAACUGUCAAGGACUUGUUGGACCCGGACGCCGUACCUCAAAUACGUCAAGACAAUAGAAAAGGCGGACGCGGAACCUUUGUAGCACCGCUCAGGGAAGAGGUCGUGACAACGCAGGCUGCUGUGCGCGACCUGCUAGCGAGAGGCCAGGCGAAUAGACACGUUGGCGCUACGGACUGGAACGAACGUAGUAGCAGAAGCCACACCUGCUUCAAGCUCACAAUCGAAAGCUGGGAACGAGAUGCAAACGGCUUCGUUGGAGGUCAAGACAUUCGGUCUGGCAAAAAGGUCCGCGUCUCGGAGCUUAGCCUGAUUGAUUUGGCUGGGUCUGAGCGCUACGUCUCUCAGGGAACAGACCGAAGAACUGAAGGAGCAAACAUCAACAAGAGCUUGUUGACUUUGGGCAAAGUCAUCUACGCAUUAGGAGAACGAUCCGUCUUGGCCAGUCGAGGCGGCGAUGUGCUCAGCCAACACGUGCCGUACAGAGAUUCAAAGCUUACGCGCAUCCUUCAAAAUAGCUUGAGCGGAAACGCUCGAGUGGCUGUGGUGUGCACCGUCAACCCUUCUCCGACGGCUGUCGACGAGAGUCUCAGCACGCUGGCAUUUGCGAAGAGGGUGAAAAAGGUCAGCUUGCAUGCUCGUCGAAAUGAGGUGGAUGCGGUAGGCGGGCUGAACGCGGAAGCUCAGGCGCUCUUGGUGAGGUAUAGAGACGAAGCGGAAGAGCUUCGUGCUCAGGUGCAGUCCCUUCAAAAUGGGACCGGAUCCAGCUCUAGAGCUUCGAAAGCCGAAGUUGCAGAAAUCACCUUGCGAUUGGCAGAGAUUCGAGAAUGCCACAUUCGCGGUGGAGGAGAAGUGGGGGACGAGAGUGAUGAGGAAUACGAAGCAGAGGUGGAUGACGAGGAAGACGAGCUGAUGGACACAGCGUCGGAGCCACUAGGCGUCGUGCAAGCCAAGCUGCUUGCUGCUUUGACCGAGAUUGAAAAGCUACGGCAGCAGCUCGCAUCUGUGCCGACAUUGCCGGCAGGGUGGAACCCGUCUGACCAAUCGAUGCAAGAGUCCGUGGUUGCGCGUCUGCAGCAACAAGUACGAGAGCUGGAUUUGGUCUGCGAAGCGCAAGACAAGGAGCUGGAUCUGAUGGCUCAAGAGCCUAGAGCGUUGGCCAAGCGCAUCGUGGAGCUGGAAAAGCGAGAGGAAGAAAAUCAGAGGCUCAUCUCUAGUUUGAAUAGGGGUCUGAUCAAGUCUAGAAAAGCCAACAACAGGCUUGUGCAUCUUGCCAGCAACCAGGUGUCGGCGAGGGUGGACCAGCUGCGUUCGCCCGUCAAGCCGAGCGGGAUGAGCGUGGGCGGCGCGUCUCCGGUGCGCGAAAGACGCGCAUCCGCCACACCCGCACCCAUCGGCGUGACCUUUUCCUCCGGUCUAGCAGACUCGCCAGCAGCAGCAGCGUCCAAAAGGCCGACUUUGGGCACUGUCGGCGCGGCGACUGGCAAGUCUCGUCGAUCGGUGAGCCAGGAUACGGCUGCUUUUUUGAAGAGGGAUCGACGAGACGUUUCGACGGAUAUGGAGGACUUGACGGGCAAGAUCGAAGCGCUCAUGACCAACACCAAGAGCAGUAGGUGGUUGACGCAGGAUAUUGGGGAUUUGGAGCACGAGAUCCCUCCGAUGGAUCAGUCGGAAGAUAUGUCUUUUGCUUGAACCCAAACGACAAAAAGCGAGCAGGCAGGCGUCCCCUUUGGUGCCUGUCUCUCUCUCUCUCUCUCUCUCUCUCUCUCUCUCUCCCUUUCUCAACGAAGC